GUUCAUGGGUUCUUUCCAUCAGCUGAGAUAUCUCGACCUAUCGUGGUCACAGUUCAUUGGAAGGAUACCACCGCAGCUGGGUAAUCUCUCCAACUUACAGUACCUAAAUCUUGACACCUACUCAUACGUGAGUGUUGAUUCUUCUUUCCAUAGAGGCACAUAUUCCACCGAUAUCACCUGGUUGUCACGGUUAACUUCCCUUGAGCACCUGGAUAUGACUGGGGUGAACCUCAGUACAAUUAUUCACUGGCUUCCGGUGGUGAACAUGCUUCCUACUCUGAAAUUUCUUCGUCUUUUCGCUUGCCAACUUAGAACCUGCCCUGAUUCUCUUCAGCUCUCAAAUCUGACAUCUCUUGAAAUACUUGACCUUUUGGAAAACCACUUCCAUAAGCAUAGCAGGCCCAACUGGUUCUGGGAUUUAACUAGCCUCAAGUAUCUAGAUAUCUCCAGAAAUGGUUUACAUGGCCCGUUUCCUGACGAGAUAGGUAAUAUGACCUCCAUGGUGGAACUUGAUUCAUCAGAUAAUAAUCUUGUGGGCAUGAUACCUUCCAGUAUGAAGAACCUUUGUAAUUUGGAGAGAUUAUUUUCUUCGGGGAAUAAUAUCAAUGGGAGUAUAACAAGAUUAUUCAAUCGAUUACCCAUUUGUUCACGGAAUAAACUGCAGAGGUUGUUUCUGCCAAAUAGCAAUCUCACUGGAAGCCUGCCAACUACACUAGUACAAUCCUUGGUCAAGCUGAGCCAGUUGGUUCUCUAUCAUAAUAAACUCACUGGUCAUGUGCCAGUGUGGUUAGGAGAGCUCAGGCUAAGAGAGUUGUACCUUAGCUACAACAACCUGGAUGGGGUCAUGCAUGAAGAUCAUUUAUCACGCCUAGAUAUGUUAGAGGAAUUGAAUUUGUCAGACAACUCCAUAACCAUCGCAACGAGUCCAACUUGGGUUCCUCCUUUCAAUCUAAGACUAAUUCACCUUCGGUCCUGCAAGCUAGGUCCUAAAUUUCCAGCAUGGCUUCAAUGGCAAACACGUGUAUGGAGUAUUGAUAUAUCAAACACAAGCAUAAAGGACAUGGUACCAGAUUGGUUUUGGAUAGCAGCUUCCUCAGCAGUGUAUCUAAAUAUCCGAAAUAAUCAUAUUACAGGAGUCCUCCCAUCAACAAUGGAAUUUAUGAGAGGAAUAGAAAUGGAUUUCAGUUCUAACCAGCUUGGUGGUUCAAUACCUAAGCUUCCCAUCAAUUUAACCGACCUGGAUCUCAGUGGGAACAAUGUAGUUGGGCCAGUCCCGUCAGACAUUGGAGCGCCAUGGCUUAAAACACUUAUUCUAUAUAACAACAUGAUCUCUGGAGCCAUAUCUUCUCUGUGCAAGUUGCGGUCAUUGCAGUUCUUAGAUCUAUCAACAAAUAAUCUUAGUGGGUCAAUUAGUGAUUGCCUAGUAAACGAAUCCAGCACAAGUCUGAGUAUCAUCAAUUUAAGACUAAGAAACAACAACUUCUCGGGUGGAUUUCCUUCACUUCUCCAGAAAUGCCCACAACUCGUCUUUCUUGAUCUUGGACAUAACCAGUUCUCUGGGACUUUACCAGCAUGGAUUGGGGAGAAACUACCAUCAUUGUCAUUCUUACAACUGAGAUCCAAUAUGUUUUAUGGUCAUAUUCCAGUUGAGCUUACAAAGCUUGUUAAUCUUCAAUACUUGGACCUUGCCCAUAACAAUAUAUCAGGGACCAUACCGGGAUCAAUUGUUAACUGCAAGUGCAUGACACAACCAAGAGACAAUGCUUAUGAAAUUGAGUAUGCAUUAACUACUAGAGUAAGCUUUGUUGACAACAAACAAACUAAAUAUACGGAGGAUUUUGCAGUACUCACAAAAGGUCAAGAGAGAUUAUAUACAGGAGAAAUCUAUAUAUGGUGAAUCUUGAUUUAUCAUGUAACAGUCUAACUGGGGAGAUUCCUGAAGAAAUUAGCGCUCUUGUAGCUUUGAAGAACCUGAACUUAUCAUGGAACAACUUCAACGGAAAAAUCCCCGAGAAUAUCGGCACCUUAAUGCAGGUGGAGUCACUCGACCUAUCACAUAAUGAGUUGUCUGGUGAAAUCUCUUUAAGCUUAUCGGCUCUCACAUCACUGAGUCACCUGAACCUGUCCUACAACAAUCUAAGAGGGAAGAUACCAACCGGAAAUCAACUGCAAACACUUGAAGACCAAGCAUCUAUUUAUGUUGGCAACCCAGGUCUCUGCGGCCCCCCUCUCUCGCAGAAAUUUCCAUAGCUCGAGCCAAUUCCAGGAGAAAACCAUGGAGAUGCAAGUGACGAUGUGGUUUCGUUUUUCAUCGCCACGGGUUCGGGAUAUGUGAUGGGUCUUUGGGUGGUCUUCUGCACCUUCUUGUGUAGGAGGAGAUGGAGAG